AUGGGACCUCCCUCGCAGCUGCUUCCGAUUAAACCCUUGGAUGGCGCCGCGGGCUACAGCCGAUGGAAGGAGUCGAUCCUCCUCCGCCUCCUCACCCUCGGCCUCGCCCACGUCCUCCUCUCCGACGCGACCUCGGGCGACGCCGACGCCGAUGCCGAUGCCGCCGCCGCCGCGCAGUGGGAGCGCGACGACGCGCUCUGCCGCGGCCACAUCCUCCACACGCUCUCCGACCGCGUCUUCGCCCUCCACGUCCACCGCCGCACCGCGCGGGCCCUCUGGGUCGGCCUCCGCAACGCGUACGAGGCGCUCCCCCCCAAGCACCGCUCCGCCCGAGCGCUCGCCGAGUUCGAGUUCUCCCCCGACGCGCCGAUCCCGGAGCAGCUCGCCGAGUUCGAGGCCGUGGCCGCGGCCUCGGGCUACGACCUCUCCGACCCGUACGUGUACAUCGAGGCGAGCUCGAAGGUGGCGCCGCUCUACCCCGAGUACUGGAUGUUUAGGAAGGAGGAGACCAUGGACGAGGUGUGGAGGAUCGUUCGACUGGUGGAGUCCUACAACAAGUGGAGGGAGCAGCGAGAGGAUACAGAAGAGGAAGAGGAAGCAGCAGCGAGUAUUGUGGCGAAAACGGUACGAUGCUACAACUGCGGAGGGCUAGGGCACAUGGCCAGGAAUUGUGCGAGGUAA